AUGGACGGUCUCAGCGCCGGCGCCAGCGUCAUUGCUAUUUUGCAAGCUAUCGGCGCCAUCCCCAGCAUCAUCGACACGCUCCGCGCCUUGAUCCAUAUCGGCGAUGAGAUCAAAGCGCUCACCAAUGAGCUAACCACGCUUCAGGCUUUGCAGGACCACCUGAAAAGCCAGGUCGACCUACUCUCAGGCACCGAUCCGCGCCUGCGUGUUUCGGAGCCGAAGAUGCUGCAGUCGGCGCGAACCACGCUCGCAGAGUUGGUUCACGAGCUGCAAAAAUUGGUGGCGAGGUAUAAUAACAAGAAGCGGCGAAGGAUCCGGUUUGUCUGGGAUCGGAACAAGAUCGCGCAGAUGACGGAAAGAGCGAGGGCGGCGAGGCAGACGCUGAUGAUGGCUAUGCAGGACUUAAGUCUGGCGUUGAUGAACACGCAUGGCAAGGUUCUGCUCGACAUUCACACGUUCACGACAUCGAUGCCGGGUAUAAUGGAUGCGGGAGUUCAGCGCCUAGAGGGGUUGAUCACGACCUCGAGGAUUUUGACUCCGGCAUCAGCGAUGCCGGUUUCCGAUACCAGAGUUAUCACGAACGUGGCUUCCCCAGGACCGUCCCCGUUUCCCCAGUACCCUGAAGACCCCUUCUUCGAGCUCCUCACCUUCGGACGCCUCCUCACAGACAUAGAUGCAGACCCCAGCGAUCCGCACCCCUCCACCAUCUCCAUGCAAGCCUCUGUCUAUUCCUCCUCAGCUUGCCCGCAGUCCUGCUCCUGCCGCUGCCAUUUCUCCUCUGCCCUCCAUACCCCCUCCUGGCUCCAGCCCGUGCUCGGCAGUGUCCUUCUCAGCUAUAGUUGUAUCCCCCUUCUCGGCGCGGGGCCAUGCAACCAGGCGAACUGUGUGCGGGCUGCUUCGCGGGCUGAGCUGACAUACUACUUUCCGGUACGCGUAUUGAAACGCGCCCUCUGUCUCUCAAUCGAAGUGGGCGGCAGCUUUGGCUAUGGAGCCGGCUUACAUUUCAGUGUGCCAAGGGUAUUUUCGAGCCAUGACGAGGCGUGGGAAACGGUGAAUUUUGGGGGACCUAAAGACUUGAAGAGGGUGUUGGCAAUGAGACCGGGGUCUUAUUCCCCGUUGGAUGUGAACGAGGCGGGGAUGUCGCUUCUGAUGGUAAGACUGCGCCAGAUCUGA